AACGCCGGCAAGAUGAAUGCACGCGUAAUUACCUUCGAAAUGGCAAUGGAAGGUAGCCAAGUUGACGAAGUGGUCGCCAGUAUCUUCCACACUGUCCUGUUUCACCGCUCGAGUGGCAAGUUCACGUACAACAACGAAGAGAGCUAUUCAAUACGGACCGUUAGUUACGUGGACGUCGACUGCGACUUUAUAGACUUCACGUACGUUUGCUGCGAAUCGGACACGCUAGGGCUGAACGUUAAGAAGAAAAUAUCAGUAUUCUCGAAGCUUCUACGGGCGUUAGACGGGACCUCGGCGCCUGCUAAAGGACAGAUAAGUUUAGAAUUCUUCCAACGACGUCGACCGCAUUGGCGUUUCGGUCGAAUGGAAACAGUUCCGUGGGAAGUGUGGACGGUUUGCUGCGAACUGACCAAGGCAGAGAACGGUCAGGACAUGCACAGCAAACACGAGAACGUAGUCGAGAUGUUGCAAGAUAAAAUUGUUUUCAUCACAGAGAUAAUAAACCGCCACGAGUACGUACCUAAGAUGCCCAACCGGUCGGACGCUGAUCUCAUAUUCGAUACGUCGUACGCGGACAUACAGCCUUACCUGUUCAAGAUUGACUACAAGCUCUCUGAAACGGAAUCCUACACGGUCGGUAACACCGUCCGGAAGCUCAUCCGAGACACACUGGCCUUGUGAUAACAUUCGGUAACCGGUCGGUUUAUUUUGUGAUACUCGUCGGUUUAAGGUGUCAAUCGAUUUUAAUCGUUAGUCACGCAAUAUUAUUUUGUGAAGAAUUUAUUAUCGACGUACAAUAAUUAUUUGGUCGGGCGUUUUUUAAUAUAAGUGGAUAAAAAAGCUAUAUCUGUGACACUUUUAAUUUAUAUAAUAUAUUGUAUGUACUUAGUUUAUGUAAUAUGGAUAAAUAUAUCGAUAUUUAUUUAUCAUUUCACAAUUAUGUGUAUUUUAACUUUCUUUUUAGUAAACAAGUCAUAUUAGAUUAUUAAGACGUAGCUGGUAAAAGCGUCCACGUAUUCUGUUGUAAGUUAAAGUUAUAUAGGUUUUGUAUAUCUAUAGUAACUAUUUAAUGAAGCGUAACUUUUGAAGUACAUUAUAGACUUUAUUAUAUAGAAUUUAAAAGAUAGAAUGAUGGUACAUAAUUUUAAAUGUAAAUUUUAAAUUAAUAAUAUUUUCAAGUAUCCUAUAUAUUAAGUUAGUUCAGAGUGAUAUAGUUAAAUAAUUUUAUAUUAAUGACAUGUACAUGUAUAUUAUAGAGGCGUAUGAAAACAAUAACUUUAUAUAGAAAAUGUCGUAGAAUUUUAUUAUAAUAUCGUAAGUUGUAGUCAUAAUGUAUAUAUGUGUAUAUAAUGACGAUUGUACUAAGUAUUUUAAGAAGUCUCUCAUUCAAAUUGUUCUUUAAUGUUUGGAAUAUUCAGAGCUUUAUUACGGUAACGUUCUGCUUAGUUUUUUGUAAUUUUCUCUUACAUUAACGACGUAAAUUAACAAUGAGUGUGAUAGAUACAAUAUUAUACUAACUUAUGUCGGUGCAUGGAUAGUAGAAUAGGUAAAAAAUAAAACAAAAAUGAAGAAAAAUAUUAUGUGUUCCAAGGCAGUGAUAAGUAGAGUAGGUUGUUUUGAUUUUGUUCUUGUUAAGACCAUUGCCCGAGUUUUUGUAAUUUUUCAGAGCUAUUUAGAAUAGAUCAUUAAGAUAAAAAUAGAACUACCCACAUAUUGAUACUGUCUCUUAGGUUUUAUUAUUCCGAUUUUUACUUUAUUAUACAUAGAACUAUCUAUAUUAUCACUGUAUUUAUAAUGUUACUGUGUGACUGAAGCGAUAAUACCAUAGUAAACUAUGACAUUAUUUUCUACAUAAAGUUUCUUAUCCAUAUUAUUCUAACUAUGUUAUCUAUAUAAUAUUAUAUAUAAGAGAUUUCAACACAUAUAUUGACUCAUGUCGAUAUCUUUGGAACCAUAAGAUGUAGAGACUUGAAAUUAAGUAGGAAUAUUCAUCUCGUUUUUUUUAUUAUGAAUAGAACAACGUCUGUCGGGUCCGCUUAGAAUCUUUAUAAUUUGAAUAAAAAUAAAAAUUGCCGCUAAAACUCUAUGUCACGUGCACGUCUAAAAAAUGCCGACAAAAAAUAAUGGUUGCCAUUCAAAUUGGGCAACAUUAAAGUGGCCAUCCCCUAUUGUGAGUAUUAUAUUUUUGAGGAACAGCUAAGCUUGUUUUAAAAGCUAAGUUAUGUAAAGAGGAUGGAUGAUACCAAAUUGACUGCACACAAACCAAGUAUGGUAGGAAUAUUUUCGGAAGUCGACUUAAGUCAGGGAUGUAUUAAAAAGGGGCCAGUUGUAUGUGUGUUAUAUGAAAUGAUAAAACUCCGUUGAAACUAUUUCUCAAUGUGAAACACAGACGAUACUUACUAUUGACCAGGGGGAGGCUCCUUUGACCAGGAUGUCGGCUAGAUUAUGAGCACAACAAUGGCGCUUCUUUCGGCCGUGAAGCAGUAAUGUGCAAGCAUUAUUGUGUUUAGUUCUGAAGGGCGCCGUAGCUAGUGAAAUUACUUAGAUAAUGAGACUUAACAUCUUACGUCUCGAGGUGACGAGCGCAAUUGUAGUGCCGCUCAGGGUUUUCAAGAAUCCUGAGCGGUAAUGGGCAGGGCGUAUCAAUUACCACCAGCUGAAUGACCUGCUCGUCUCGUCCCUUAUUGUCAUAAAAAAAAACUUACUUUACCGAAUACUCAACAAUUUUAUACUCUUUGUAAAACGAAAAGUGACGAAAUCUUUUAUGUACCCCAUGUACUUACAACUAGACGUAAUUAGUUUACUCUUAAAGAAUAGGAUGGAAACAUUAUUCCAAACCACUUCUUUUUGUGAUUCAAUAUCUUUAUAUUCCAAUCCAAUCUUUCAAUAUGCUCCUCCAGUGAUCAUAAGACUUUUUAAAUCCUGGAGAAUAUAGUCCUUCCCCUCGUUAUCCCCUUUUCGGUUUCAUCCCCUUGUACUUGUUGACGACAAACGAAUUUUGGAGGAUUUAUGUAUCUCAAUGUCCAUUGCGUUAGAAAGGCAUUGUAAACUUUGUCUUAAAUGUAAAAUAAAUUAUUAAAAAAAAUACGUGUGGCACUCAGGGACUGCCGCGGUAAAGCUAUUGCAUAGCAUUUUUCAUCAACUUAUGCAAUUAUAAUUAUUUAUUUAUUUUAUUUAUGCAGUAUUUUUUUUUUGAUAAAAUUAAUUUAAAAAAAGUAAACGGGAAGUGAGUAAAAUUGUACUUGCAAGAUUUGAUUACAGACAGACAACGGGACAGGUGAAACUAAAUAAAAAUGCUUGUCAUAAUAACAAAAAUUAAAAAAACGUGAUAAAAAAAAUAAAGACAUACCCCAGGCACGAACCUGGGACCUUCUGCACAAAAAGCAUACGUGUAACCGCUGUUCCACGGCAACUGUAAUGACCGAGGUUAAAUAUCUAUAUAGAUCUAGUAAGUAAGCGUUAGGUUAUUUUCGUUACGGAAUUUCUGGAUUCGGUCUCCAUGCUCAAGGCCCGCGAUAGAAGCUAUGCAAUAGCUUAAAAAAUACUCGUCUAGUGUAAAAAUCACUUACUACACUAAGAACCAUUAUUAAAACCUAUAUUACUUAAAAGAGUUAUUAUCCCACAGACAGAUACUCAUAUAUUGUAUCUGUUAAAUCUAUACUUCUUUUUCCGUCUGGGUAAUAACUAGAAAAACUUAUCCCUAUCCUGAAAACCUUAGCACACCACUGCUUUUGGUGCCUAUAUCAACAGAUUGAUCAAUAUUUUUAAUAGUUUAUUUAUUUUGUCUCAUGUAAAAUCAAUUAUAAGUACCUACUAAAGAUCCUAUGAUACAGUAUUUCUGAUUACUAUGAUGUUAAUCCAACUUUGGUAACACGUAUUACAAAAAAAAAUAAUAAUUUGUGGAAUAGUAAGAAAGCUACUUCAUGCCAUAAGGUUAAAUAAGGAAGAAAUGAUUAGGUAAUAAGAUCCGCACAAUUAUUAUACAUUGACUCCUACAUACGUAAAAUAAUAAUGUGGGCAAUGUAUAUACAUCGCCCCAAAAAGACUAACACGAUUUAGCCGAAUAGUAGGCAUAAUAAGUUUGUUUGUUCCUCGUUUCAACAUUAUGAUUAUCGCAGUUUUAAAAUAAUUCACCUACCUAUAUGACAGUAUCAAGAAUAUUAUAUUGAGAGGCUAAGAAUAUAGCUGUUUAUUUUAUUAAAUUUCUCUCUUAAUAAUUCUUUAGGAUUUACGUUAUAAAAUAUAACGGGAUUAGCACUCUCCUGCAGUACAAAGAUAGUAUUAAUAUCGCCUGCGUUGUCCCUAUAAUUUUUAAUGUUAUAUUAGGUAGCGUUAAAAUUAAAGGGGCAAGUUACUAGCAUAGCUUUUCAUAUCGAAUUUAACGAGUUUUUGCUUAUAUCAUUUUUUCUAAGAUUAUAUCUUAGCGAGAGUCAUAGGAAAACAAUAAAUGAAUAUAAAUUAUACUACUCUUGCCUUCGUCAAAUUAUUUUAAAUUGUUUACUCAACAGUACAUAAUUACAUCCUUCAGUGGAUUUUAUACCUGCAUCACAAUGAACGACGUUUUGAACUUAAAUCGUCGUCACAAUAAACUCAUCAAUGAGUAUAAUAUACGUAUGCAAUAUUUUGUUAACUUGCUCAAAACGUCAGCGAAAUUUUUAAUUUUGAUGUUAUCUAUGUAGAAAAUUACCUUAAAACUUUUUUUUUUAUGAAAAUAAGGGACGAGACGGCAGGCCGUUCAGCUGAUGGUAAUUGAUACGACCUGCCCAUUACGAUGCAGUGCCGCUCAGGGUUCUUGAAAACCCCAAAAAUUCUGAGCGGCACUAUAAUUGCGCUCGUCACCUUGAGACGUAAGAUGUUAAGUCUCAUUUGCCAAGUAAUUUCACUAGCUACGGCGCCCUUCAGACCGAAACACAAUAAUGUUUACACAUUUAUGCAUCGGCUUGCAUCCUGUGCAAAGGAGCCUCCCACUAGUCAACCUUACCUUAAAACGUCAUAUACGUACACUGAAUGAGAACGCAAUCCAAACAUCUCCGCAGUGAUUUUUAUUGUAAAAUUGUCUACAGAAAACCACUAUUAAUCUAUCGUUUUUUUACAUGAAAGCUACUGAAAACUCUUGGUAUUAUCGCGUUUGUCAUGUAUUUAUAUAAGGCUUUGUCCACAUGUGGCAAGCAAUCGGAAAGCGUCCCUUAUCCUCGCCUCGAUCGUUACAUCUGGAUGCGCCCUAAAUCAUAUUUUUGAUUGUUUUCAAAUCAAUAAAAAGCUACUAUCAACAAACAGUGUUUUUGCUUUAAUUCACUGUAGUUUAAAAAUGUACGUCUAUUAGUUUAAAUAAAAUAAUAUUGACGUUAAUAAGAUGCUAUCUUUUUGAAACGAAGUUCCUUACGGCAGGCUUGGAGGUGAUAGGGAUUUUGCUGCGCGACCGAAUAUAACCGUUAAAUGAGACGUGCGCAGGCGCGACAGUCGCAUACACAAGCGAGUAGUGUAUAUAUUAUCAAUAUUAUUAUAUUAAUAUAUGAUAACGAUUAUAGCAAUAUUAGAACGUUUUUUUUGCAAUUUGUGUCGAUUCUACAUUAGCCGAAGGAACUUCGUUCUUACCUGGUGUCCCACGACACCACAUCAUUUUUAUUUAAUUUAUGGAAAAUGUAUGAAUCCAUCCAUUUAGUUAUGAUUUACUUUCCUACCUCAAUUUGUGACUAGCUGUAUCUAUUGUAGCAUGUAGCAGUAUCAUCUCUCGUUUGAUUAUUUUCGUCUAUUUAUUUAGUUUUUCUCACCAAAGAAAUGGCUGUCCUCUCUGGCAGCGUCGUUUGGCAUAAUGUUAAUAGUUUUACUACUAUCAUGUGCGAUGCUUCCGUUUCGAUUUGAAACAAGUGUAUUGUUGAAUCGAUCUAAGAAACCUCUCAAGUACACAAAACAUUUCCAAUAGUCAAUUAAAAUGGCGUAACAUCCAAGAUGACGCAACUUUUCCUAUUUGGGUCACUUUACCUUAUAAAACACAAAGAUAAAAUUAUAAAAUUUUAAGUUUUAUCAUCGUGAAAGUAAUAAAACUAUUACGCUUAGAUCAGUUAUACGUCUAGAUAGAUUCUGACAGCUGUGAAAAUGUACAAAAAAUCGAGGCUGAAAGUUAACCUCUAUUUUGAGCAAUGCACUCUAACACAAAGCUUGUCACGCACAUUAAAGCUAUAAACUUUGCCUGUUUUCUUCGGUAGUCUAGCAGCAAGAGACUCUAUGUAGACAUAUAAAUUAUCUAAGAUAUUAUGAUGGAACGUUUUCUUCAAUUUUGGUGAUAAGACAAUAUUGUAUUUUAUUUCGCGGAAUGAUGGCGUGCGUCUUAAUAAAGUUUAUGUUUGCACUUGUAUAUUGUGAUGCACAAUUGGUAUGGCCUUACUGGACAAUGUUAAAACAUAGUACAGUGCUCCCAAAUUGAUAAUGCGCAUACAGAUUUUCUCCACUUUUCGGCAACGGUCGUAUUUCCCGACCGUCGGGAGACGAUAUAUAUAUAGAGUGGUGUGUAAUAGGAGCUCUAUAUAAUUCCACAUCGACUGAACACGUGCAGUCGGCGCCAAUACUUAAAGACAACUGACUGACCGGCUACCACAGCCGACCGCCCGAUUUGUUUUCGUAAUGUGAACACAUGAUUUGAAUUCUAUUUCUUUCGCACAAGGUGCAAAAUGCAAGUGCAUUGUUUAGGGCUCUUACGAUUGAAUGAUUCGGGUAUUUUCGGGAAUACGCCCAUUAGCGAAGAUCUGUAUGCGCAUUAUUAAUUUGGGAGCACUGUAUGUAUCGAGUUUAAGUGUUGAAUGUAUGUGAAUGUGUCAGUGUGUAGGCUACUUAACGUGUUGCUUACGUGCUCUAAGUGGCUUAUACACUAACCAAUAGUUGAAACGCUAUUGUGUUGAAUCAGUUCAAAAACAGGAACAUUAGUCUUGUGAUAAUUUAUAAAGAUAUGUGAAUAAAUGAUGAAGUAUU